AUGACCGACUGUGAGUGGUCAGCGAGUGAUGACAGGUUAAACCCCGUCCUUGAACGCGGGGAAAUGUUCAAGUGGUCCGAGGUGCGCCGCGGCGUCUUCAAUAUCCAGGCUGGCUAUCAUCAACGGCAUACUUUGCCAUCCUAUCCGGGCUAUACAGUCUCGGCCUGUUCCUCCCAACCAUCAUCAACGACCUGCACAUCACCUCCUCAGCAAACGAAACCCAACCCUGGUCCGUCAUCCCGUACGCCGUCGCAACACCGAAACUCGGCCGGUCACUACCUACAAGCGCACGACGACGUCGGCGGUGUAGCUGGCGGUGGCGAACUGUGUUUUGCUGACAAAAUGUUAGGAUUCUGGCCAACGUCUUGUGGUGCGCAAAAGAUCAACAGCGACAAAAAGAACGGCAAAUAUGCGCGUUAUGAAGGCAGCGGAGACGAUCGGGAGCCGGGAUUCAAGAUGGUCCUCUGGUGGUUGCUAGCUGCUGUGAUGGUUUAG